AUGGGACCGCCGCCGCCGGGCCUGCCGCCGCUGCCGCCGCAGCUGGCAACGCUGCGGUCGACGCAGGACCAGCGCACGGCGAGGGAGCCGCUGCUCGGGUUCGACUGGGGCGUCCCCGCCGGUAGCGGUGGCAAUGGCGGCGGCGGAGAGGAGUACGCGGCGUGGGGGGUGGAUGACGGGGCGGCGAGGGGCGUCGUGGUCCGGCUGCGGGUGGCGGCCGAGGCGGUGCGCGAGGCGGCCGCGGAGAUGUGGGCGUUCGCGCGCAAGGACCCGCGGAAGCCCGUGUUCGCGGCGAAGGUGGCCGUGGCGCUCGUGCUCAUCACGCUGCUUGUCUUCCUUCGCGAGCCCAGCGAUAUCGCCAGCCACUCCGUCUGGGCCAUACUCACCGUCGUCGUCGUCUUCGAGUUCAGCAUCGGUGCAACUUUGAGCAAAGGGCUAAAUAGGGGAUUGGGCACUCUUAUUGCAGGAGGGCUUGCUCUGGCAGUCGCUGAGUUGGCGGCACACAUAGGAAAAUACGACGCGGUUAUCCUCAUCGUAAGCACAUUCGUCGUUGGAUUCUUUGCCAGCUUAAUAAAGUUGCACCCGAAGAUGAAAGCAUAUGAAUAUGGGGUUCGUGUGUUCCUGCUGACCUUCUGCUAUGUUACAGUCUCUGGAUACAACACAGGGGAAUUUACCGCCACAGCUAUAAGUAGAUUUGUGCUGAUCGCUAUUGGUGCUGCUGUGAGUCUCACCAUCAACAUAGGUAUACACCCAAUCUGGGCUGGAGAGGAUCUGCACAAGUUGGUGGCAAAGACUUUUUCUGGCGUGGCAAAAUCUUUAGAAGGAUGUGUUGAUGGAUAUCUGAGCUGCAUGGAAUAUGAAAGGAUUCCAUCAAAGAUACUCACCUAUCAAGCAUCUGAUGAUCCUCUCUAUAGUGGGUACAGGGCAGCUGUCGAAGCAUCCGUACAGGAGGAAGCUUUGUUAGGAUUUGCUAUAUGGGAGCCACCGCAUGGACCUUACAAGAUGAUGAAAUAUCCAUGGAAGAACUACACCAAAGUUGGUGGUGCGUUGAGGCAUUGCUCAUUUGCAGUCAUGGCAUUGCAUGGCUGCAUACUUUCAGAGAUUCAGGCACCACCAGAGAGUAGAAAGGUUUUCUGCGCAGAGCUUCAUAGAGUGGGCGAAGAAGGUGCUAAAGUGCUGCGAGAACUUGGGCAGAGAGUGAAGACGAUGACGAAACUGAGCUCUCCAAACAUUCUUUCAGAAGUGCACUUGGCAGCUGAAGAGCUGCAAAAGAAGAUCGACGAGAAGUCCUACCUUCUCGUCAACACAGAAAGAUGGGAAGUGAUUCCGCGGCAUGAUGGAACUUCGCAAAUCCAAGACAGUUCUAGUGCUGCCGACAAUGAAAACAAGGAUGAACCGCCUGAGCACACCACUGUCAAUAUAGGUUCAGUGCACAAAUCAACCAGCUUCGCUUCAAACCCGCUCCUCAGCAGAGACGAUUCUUCAAAUCCAUUCCUCAGCAGAGCCCAUUCUUCAAAUCCAUUCCUCCGCAGAGACGAUUCUUCAAACCCAUUCCUUGCCAGAUACGAUUCAGGUUCACUUAAGCCGCAAUCAUCUUGGCCUGCACGACAAUCAUUCCAUUCCAACUUGCCAUUUGAAGGCGUGGAGUCAAGAACAUAUGAGAGCGCAAGCGCCUUGUCGUUGGCCACAUUUGCUUCACUCCUCAUUGAGUUUGUUGCCCGGCUCCAGAACCUUGUUGGUGCAUUUGAAGAGUUGAGCAACAAGGCCAACUUCAAGGACCCUGUGGAGGAACCUGCUGCAAUCAGCAGAGAGUAUUGUGGUUUUUUACUUAGGAUACGCAAAUUUUUACGAUUACAGGGGUGAUUCAGGUGACAGAUUUACCAAGUUUUAUGCAAGGUGAAUGGAUGGAUAGCCAGAUG